GGUUACUAGUUACUAGUUAAGUAUUCAGUGUUAGGUAUCUAGGGAUGUACAGUAUACUUACUUACUGGUGAAGUUGGGAAUUUUUGGUUAUAGAUAUAAAGGUACCUAGGUAGAUUCGGAUAGGAUUAUAGGGAGAGAUUUACGGGGGAGGGUUAUAAGAGAGAGGAUGGGGUUCUUUAGACAGAUGGUGGAUUUUGUGGGUGAUGCUGGUAUGUAUGUCUUCUCUCGUUCGUGAUCAUUGAGUGGUUUUUAUCUCCUUGCUUUUCGCCCUCCUUGUUUUUAACACUUUAUAUCUUCUUUUAUUAUAGUUGGUGUUAAGUUUUUAAGACUGAGGGUGUUAUUUCAUUAUAUCUUUAUCUGUAUCUGUAUCUCUCAUUAAAUUCGAUUUUUCUUUUCCCUUUCAUUUGGUUUUUUGAAAUAAUAAUUGAUAAUCAAUAAAUAACUAACUGAUACUCAAAAAGCGGGAUUGGAAAAAACUCUUAGGUUGAUACAGGCUUUGUGUCAGAUAUGUGCUUUUUAUCCGGGGAUUUUGGGGAGGUUGUUGCUGGGGAUGGGGACGGAGGGUAAGGAUGUGGAUGGAAAGCAGAUGACGGUUUUGGAGGGGCUGUGGAGGGCGAGGAGGGAGCUUGCUGUGGGUAUGUUUGGUCUUUCUUUUUUAUUUCCCUUUUUUUUGGCCGCGGAGGGGCGAGGCGUGAGAGAGCGAGGGGGGAAGAGAGGAAAAGGUUUAUGGAGUGAGUCUGUGAAGGAUUUCGAGAGACAUUAAGCUCAAUAAGGAUACUCCUGCAAGUGCGCAAGAUUCUCACCACAUUACCUCCCAGAUGCCAUAGCUCUAGCUCAAGAACACAAAUCGAGCUUUGGUGGGCAAGUUUGGGCUCGAAGGUAAAAGCUGACUAUAUGGUGGUUAAAUAUCCAACGUAGAGUCCACGAGCGAAGAAAACAACAGAAAACUAAAUAAGCUAACAAAACACCCUCUACAGGACGUCGCUAUCUUCGCUUUUUCCGCUUUAUAGAACAUCUUUCAAAAGCCUGGGAUAGUCUUCUAAAUGAAAACGGGAUGAAGAUGUUAAUCAACGUUGGAAAGUCGGGGUCCAUGGGUGCUUACUUAGGGUGUGAGUUUCUUUUCCUAUUUGCUCUCCGUCCAUACCAACGCCUCUCUAUCUUCUUUUCCGUUCAUUGACAUGCAGAAUGUGGCUAACUAUGAAAUUGUUUUAACAGUGGAGAGUCUCACAAUAGUAAGUGCCCACCAUCCCAUGAAAAUAGAAAGGAAAGGCGGAAAGUAGGAAAAGGAAAAUUACUAAUUUAUGGCAUGAAUAGUUGGACGUUAUGGACGUGUGCAACACCCCUUGGUUCCGAACUUGUGUACUCGAAGGCCAGAAAUUCUGGUUUUAUUCACUUUGCAUAUCGAUAUUUGGAGGAUUAUAUGAUCUUUAUCUCAUGCAUUUUAAUAUCAACACAAACCCACCUCCGGACUCAUCGUCACAUGAAAAUCCCAUACCAUCAACAUCAAAAUUAGGCGAAGAUGCACAAGCCGUCCAGAAACAAGAAGAAGACAGCAAAAGAAACGAAGGAAAUCAAAAGAGAAAGAACAGAAAUAAGAUAGUACUCAAGAUUAUUGAAAAUAUAGCGGAUCUAUUUGUUCCGGGAAUGGUAACAGGAUGGAUCAUUAGUGAUUUAGGGGUUGUGGGGUGUGCAUUGAUUGUUAGUACCGUGUUGAGUUCUUGGGAGAUUUGGGGGAGGGUUGGAGAGAGGGAAUUGGAGGUGAAUGGGAGUAGGAAGAGGUAGUGAAGGCAGCGAGGGGUACAGCUGGUAAUGGGGAUGAGGGGGGAAGAAUGGCGAGGUAGGAAGCAAGUCGGAGAUUUGGAUUUGGACUUUAGUGAGUUUGUAAAUUAUUGGGUGAAUGUAUGGAUAGCUUUCUGAGAGAUUCCAAGAAUUUGGAGCAGUUGCGACGUAGAGAUUGGUUUGAUACUAAGUGAGGA